CGGUUGCUCAAGGGUUAUAGGCGCGAUACUUUCGCCUUGCGACUAUAUUUCUGUCUAUUGUUUCUUCUUCCCUUCUAUCUCAGCUUCUCUGCAACCCAUAGAACGAGAGUGUCUAUUUCAAAACAGCUUUUUCACUUCCUGUGAGCAUCUCUCUCUUUCUUUCUCUCACUAUAUGAACCUCGUAUAUACAUGAUCUCGAGUUCAGAAACAAGUACCCAUGUCGAAUAUAGUUCUUUUCGAGGAUAUUUUUGUGGUUGAUAAACUAGAUCCAGAUGGCAAAAAGUUUGAUAAAGUUUCGCGUAUUGAAGCACACAGCCAGAACUGUGACAUGUUCAUGCACUUAGAUGUGAAUACAGAAAUAUACCCAAUGGCUGUAGGUGAUAAAUUCACCAUGGCGUUGGCACACACUCUAAAUUUGGAUGGAACACCCGACACUGGCUAUUAUAUUCAGGGAGCAAGGAAAACCCUUGCUGACAAAUAUGAAUACAUAAUGCAUGGGAAAUUAUACAAGAUUUCUGAGGAAGGUUCAGGAAAAGCAGUUAAAGCGGAGAUAUAUGUUUCAUAUGGUGGGCUUCUAAUGAUGCUGAAAGGAGAUCCUUCUCAUGUCUCUCAUUUUGAGCUUGAUCAGCGGCUAUUUCUUCUUACAAGGAAGUUGUGAAGUCCUUAUCAUUCUAGCUUGGCUCUCUAGUAGUUGUUCUUGAUGCAAUCUUACAAAGACAAAAGUUAUUGCCUUGACAGAGAAUGUUUCACUUGUCUUCAGGGUCAAUACUUUAUUUACAUAUGGCAAAACUUUAACUCAGUUUGGUGUAUUUCUAUCUUAGUGGCUAAAAAGCAAAAGAAGUGAUGGUUGUCUCUGACAGUGACUGAGGUUAAAUUAUGGUGAAUACUGUCUUAUACCA